CCUUGAGGCAUCCCAUUACAGUGGAAUGAGACAAGGAUCAGAGCUUCUAGCUCAGCUAUAAAAACCAGGCAGAAGCUGGCUGCUCUGGCCACAGUUUGCCAUACUGUCAAACCUCUCCCUCUCGCUCAGAUACACACAGACUGUAAGACAAGACAACUUUUCCUCAGUUUUGACAGGACAGCAACAAAGUGGAAAGGCAGUGGCUGACUUUUACAUCCUAUUUAUUUCAUGGAGGCUGCUCGUGGUAGGAUCUGAGUCAUAUCAAAGCUUGUAAGGGGAAAGCCCGACGGAAAGAGAUCCGAAGUCCAAUUUCAUUUGCACUGGCUCUGCGAAUUCUCUUCCAGACAGUGGAAGCAAAAGGUCAUUGAGGAAGCUCCAGUUUCCCAAAGGGAUUGAAUAUCACCAUGGGGAUUCCCAUGCAGGUUUUAACCUGUGUCAUCAUAGCUUUGCUGCACCACCAUGUCCACGGUGGGCUCAUCAAAAGAAUUAUCCGUCAGAAGCGGGAGACCGGGUUAAACGUAACCUUGCCAGACGAUAACCAGUCUGUGGUGUUCAACCAUGUCUACAACAUUAAUGUACCCAUGGGUUCCCUCUGCUCCGUGGACUUGGACUCAGCUAAUGGGGACACGGACCUGAAGACCCAGGUUGAGCCAGGCAAGACCUACCAGGAGCACACGGUAAAUGAGGGGAACCAGAUAGUUUUCACACAUCGCAUCAACAUCCCUCGCCGGGCUUGUGGCUGUGCGGCUGCUCCUGACAUCAAGGAUCUGCUGAGCAGACUGGAGGAGCUGGAGGGGCUGGUGUCCUCGCUACGAGAGCAAUGCUCCAGCAGCAUUGGCUGCUGCCCUGCUGGCCAAACCGCAGAAGGUCUAGUGGACACCGCACCAUAUUGCAAUGGACGAGGGAACUACAGCAAUGAUCUCUGCGGCUGCAUUUGUGAACCUGGCUGGAAAGGACCCAACUGCACAGAACCGGAAUGCCUGAACAACUGCAACAACAGGGGUCGUUGUGUCAAUGGCAAAUGCAUCUGUGACAAGGGCUUCACUGGGGAAGACUGCAGCGAGCUCGCUUGCCCCAAUGACUGCAGUGACCAAGGCAAAUGCAUCAAUGGUGUCUGCCUGUGCUUUGAGGAGUACACCGGGGAGGACUGUAGUGAAGAGCUGUGCCCAGUGGCGUGCAGCGAGCAUGGCAAGUGUGUGAACGGGAGAUGCGUGUGUGACGAAGGCUUUGCUGGUGAGGACUGCAGUGUGCCGCUCUGCCUGAACAAUUGCCAUAACCGGGGGCGCUGUGUGGAGAAGGAGUGCGUCUGCCACGAAGGCUACACGGGGGAAGACUGCAGCGAGAUUAUCUGCCCCAAUGACUGCUAUGAUCGUGGCCGCUGUGUCAAUGGGACCUGCUACUGUGAGACAGGCUUCACCGGGGAGGACUGUGGGGAGCUCACCUGCCCCAACAACUGCAACAACAAAGGCCGCUGCAAGAACGGGCUGUGCAUCUGUAACGAGGGCUUUGUGGGCAACGACUGUAGUGAGCGGCGGUGCCCCAAGGACUGUAACAAGAGGGGGCGCUGUGUGAAUGGGAAAUGCGUCUGCAAUGAGGGCUUUGCUGGUGCCGCCUGUGGCCAAGUGAAGUGCCCCAAAGAUUGCAACAACCGGGGCCGCUGUGUUAAUGGACAGUGUGUGUGCCAGGAGGGCUUCAUGGGUGAAGACUGCAGUGAGUUGCGGUGUCCCAGCGACUGUAGCAACCGGGGGCGCUGCACCAAUGGGCAGUGUGAAUGUGACGAGGGCUUCAUGGGCGAGGACUGCAGCCAGCUGAAGUGCCCCAAUGACUGUCACAACCGUGGGCAGUGCAUCAAUGGACAGUGCGUGUGUAAUGAGGGUUUCAUUGGUGAGGCCUGUGGAGAGCUGAGGUGCGCCAAUGACUGUAACAACCGGGGGCGCUGCGUCAAUGGGCAGUGUGUGUGUGAGGAGGGCUUCAUGGGUGAGGACUGCGGGGAGCUGAGGUGCUCCAACGACUGUAACAAGCAGGGGCGCUGUGUCAACGGGCAGUGUGUCUGCGAUGAGGGGUACAUGGGAGAGGACUGUGCUGAGCUGAGGUGCCCCAAUGACUGUAACAACCGUGGCCGCUGUGUGGAUGGGAGGUGCGUGUGUGAUGACGGCUUUGCUGCAGAGGACUGCGGGGAGUUGGUGUGCUUGAACAACUGCAACAACCGAGGCCGUUGCAUCAACGGGCAGUGCGAGUGUGACAAUGGGUUCACAGAGAGCGACUGUAGCCAGCAGCGGUGUCCUAGUGACUGCAACAACCGGGGGCGCUGUGUUGACGGACUGUGCCUGUGUGACGAGGGCUUUGGCGGAGCGGACUGUAGCGAGAAAACUUGCCUCAACAACUGCAAUGACAUGGGCCGCUGCGUUGAUGGGCAAUGUAUUUGUGAUGAUGGCUACAGUGGGGACGACUGCUCCAGCGUGUCUCCUCCAAGCGACUUGACAGUGACAGACGUGACGGAUAAAACGGUCAACCUAGAAUGGAGGAAUGAGAAUCUAGUCACCGAGUACCUCAUCACCUAUGUUCCUACUAGUGUUGGUGGCCUGGACCUGCAGUUCCGGGUGCCUGGAAAUGAGACAUCUGCAACCAUCCGUGAACUGGAGCCGGGUGUGGAAUACUUUAUCCGUGUGUUUGCCAUCCUACAGAAUAAGAAGAGUAUUCCCAUCAGUGCCAGGGUGGCUACCUAUCUGCCUGCUCCUGAAGGCCUGACAUUCAAAUCCAUCAAGGAGACAUCUGUACAGGUGGAAUGGGAUCCUCUAAACAUUUCAUUUGAUGGAUGGGAGCUCAUAUUCCGGAAUAUGAAAAAGGAAGAUAAUGGGGACAUAACCAACAGCUUGAAGAGACCAGAGACGACGUAUAUGCAGCCAGGUCUGGCACCAGGACAACAGUAUAAUGUAUCCCUGCAUGUUGUGAAAAACAAAACCAGAGGACCAGGGCUGUUUAGAGUCGUUACCACAAAGUUGGAUGCCCCAAGCCAGAUAGAGGUGAGAGAUGUGACAGACACCACAGCUUUAAUCACAUGGUUCAAACCUUUGGCUGAAAUUGAUGACAUGGAGCUCAGCUAUGGCCCCAAGGAUGUCCCAGGGGACAGGACGACCAUUGACCUCUCUGAAGAUGAAAGCCAGUACUCCAUUGGGAAUCUGAAACCACACACAGAAUAUGAGGUGACGCUGAUCUCUCGGCGCGGGGAUAUGACCAGCGACCCUGUGAAGGAAACCUUUGUCACAGAGUUGGAUGCACCGAAGAACCUGAAACACCUGUCUCAGACAGACAACAGUAUCACCUUAGAGUGGAAGAACAGCCAUGCUAGCAUUGAUAACUACAGAAUCAAGUUCGCUCCCAUCUCAGGGGGAGACCAUGCUGAGAUCACUGUGCCAAAGAGUAAUGAGGCUACAACCAAGGCUACACUCACAGGUCUGAGGCCUGGAACUGAAUAUGGCAUUGGAGUGACAGCAGUGAAGCAGGACAGAGAAAGCAUUCCUUCCACCACCGAUCUGGAUAAUCCCAAGGAUGUGGAAGUCAACGAUCGCACAGAAACGACCCUCUCCCUCCGCUGGAAAAGACCACUGGCCAAGUUUGACCGCUACCGCCUCACUUACGUCAGCCCCUCUGGGAGGAAGAAUGAAAUUGACAUACCAGCAGACAGCACCUCUUACAUCCUGCAAGGUCUGGAGGCUGAUGCAGAAUAUACCAUCACCCUGCUGGUGGAGAAAGGCAGGCAUAAGAGCAAACCUACGAUGCUGAAGGACUCUACUGAGGCGGAACCUGAGCUCAGACAGUUAACAGUAUCGAACGUUAGCUGGGACGGUUUCAAUCUCAACUGGAAAGCAGCCAAAGGGGACUAUGAAAACUUUGUCAUUCAGGUGCAAGAGGCUAACAACCCCGAAGAAGUUCGGAAUCUCACCGUCCCAGGCAGACUGCGCUUUGUGAAUGUUACUGGCCUCAAGGCUCACAUGCCUUACAAUAUCACCCUUUAUGGUGUGAUUCAAGGCUACCGGACCAAACCCCUUUCUCUUUCCACUACAACAGCAUUGGAGCCCGAAGUUGGUGAACUAACAGUUUCCGGCAUUACCCCUGAAAGCUUCAACCUUUCCUGGACAGCCACGGAUAAGGCCUUCAAGAUCUUUACCAUUGAAAUUAUUGAUUCUAGCAGGUUCCUGGAGCCCGUGGAGUACAACAUCUCAGGCAACUUAAGGACUGCUCAUAUCUCAGGGCUUUCUCCCAAAACUGAUUUUAUUGUCUACCUCUAUGGGAGCACACGUGGUUUCCGCACAAAGGCAAUAAGUGCUGCAGCUACUACAGAAGCGGAACCCGAGGUCGACAACCUUCUAGUUUCAGAUGCCACCCCAGAUGGUUUCCGUCUUUCCUGGACCGCAGAUGACGAUAUCUUCGACAGCUUUGUUCUUAAAAUCAGGGAUACCGACAGGCAGUCUGACCCACGGGAAUUAAUUGUGCCAGGACAUGAACGCACUCAAGAUAUAACGGGGCUGAAGGAGGGUACUAAGUAUGACAUUGAACUCUAUGGAAUGAUCAGUGGACGACGUUCCCAGCCCAUAAAUACAGUAGCUACCACAGUUGUGGGAUCGCCCAAGGCAAUCACUUUCUCUGACAUUACUGAAAACUCAGCCACAGUCAGCUGGACGCCUCCCCGGACCCGAGUGGAGAGCUUCCGAAUUUCAUAUGUCCCCAUCACAGGAGGUACUCCCAAAGUUGUGACAGUGGAUGGCACCAAGACUAGAACCACGCUGGUGAAAUUGAUCCCAGGUGUAGCCUACACUGUCAGUAUAAUCUCCAUCAAAGGAUUUGAAGAAAGUGAGCCUGUCUCUGGAACUCUGACUACAGCUCUGGACAGCCCAUCAGGCCUGGUAGCCGUGAAUAUCACAGAUUCUGAGGCGUUGGCAGUCUGGCAGCCAGCAAUCGCGGCGGUGGACAAUUACAUCAUCUCCUACAUUGCUGAGGAUGAACCAGAAAUUACCCAGAUGGUAUCCGGAAACACUGUGGAAUAUGACCUUAAUGACCUUCGUCCUGCAACUGAAUAUACACUGAAGAUCUAUGCCAUAAAGGGACCACAGAAGAGUGAAACGGUCUUCACCAAAUUCACUACAGGCAUGGAUGCUCCAAAAGAUUUAAGUGCCUCUGAGGUUCAGUCAGAAACAGCAGUGCUGUCUUGGAGGCCUCCACGUGCUUCGGUCACUGGCUAUCUUCUUAUCUACGAGUCUGUCGACGGCAGAGUCAAGGAAGUCAUCCUGGGACCUGAGGCAACUUCCUACAGCUUGUCUGAGCUGAGCCCAUCCACCCAGUACACCGUGAAACUACAGGCACUGAACAGAGGCCUGAAGAGCAGGAUAAUCCAGACUGUUUUCACCACAACUGGAUUUCUCUAUCCUUUCCCUAGAGACUGCUCCCAAGCCCUGCUGAAUGGAGAAAGUGCCUCUGGGCUUUACACCAUUUACAUGAACGGAGACAAGUCGCAGCCUGUGGAGGUGUAUUGUGACAUGACCUCUGAUGGAGGUGGAUGGAUUGUGUUCCUGAGGCGCCACAAUGGAAAGGAGAAUUUCUACAGGAAUUGGAGGACUUACGCUGCUGGGUUUGGGGAUCCCAAGGAUGAAUUCUGGCUAGGUCUGGAGAACCUCCACAAAAUCACUUCUCAGGGCCAGUAUGAGCUGCGUGUGGAUCUGCAAGACAAGGGCGAGACAGCUUACGCGAUCUACGACAGGUUUAGCGUGGGAGACUCCAAGACCCGUUAUCGGCUAAAAGUGGACGGAUACAGUGGCACAGCAGGUGACUCCAUGACCUAUCACAAUGGCCGAUCCUUCUCCACCUUUGACAAGGACAAUGAUUCUGCCAUCACAAACUGUGCUUUGUCCUACAAAGGAGCUUUCUGGUACAAGAAUUGUCACCGAGUCAAUCUGAUGGGCAGAUAUGGAGACAACAACCACAGUCAGGGUAUUAACUGGUUCCACUGGAAGGGCCAUGAAUACUCCAUCCAGUUUGCAGAAAUGAAGUUGAGACCCUCCAGUUUCCGGAAUCUAGAAGGGCGACGAAAGAGAGCAUAAACCCCAGAGAUGGAGGAAAGUUUGGGAAGCAGGGCGGGGGACAGUGGGAGGGGUUUUUGGAAUAACUGGGGGGGAAGGGGAUAAGGCAGCUGGUAAUCUUACCAAAGCAUCAGUGAUGCUUGCCCUAACUGGGACUCCUUCUACAGUCCAAGUGACCAGCCUUAUGCAACCUCAGCAUCUUCUGCCGCCCAGCUUUGGCUGCCCUUCACACCAAAGACAACAAUCUCAAGGGUUCUGCAUUGUUUUUUACAAGUUGGGAGAGGUUCCGUGGCAAGAUUCUUUCAUGGGCACUUGGGCAGUCCCAGUGAGGGGAGGGGCCAUAGGUUGGUAGGUUGGUCGUUUGAGAACCAGCCACAUUUUACACACAAAUUUGCAUGAUUAUCAUUAUUAUUAUUAUUAUUAGUUGAAAUUCUGUUGGUCAUUGGAAGGCUUUAUAUAUAUAUAUCAUGCAACGCAAAGAAAGAUGGGGAAAGGAAGCAGUGCAGUUUAAAACACAAGCAAAAUCUUCAUUUUAUUAAUUUAAUGACAACACAAUAAUAAUAAUAAUGAUAUUAAACUAUGGUUUUGUAAGGGAUCCAUGCUUUCCACAACACAGCAGGACAGUGUCUGAUUGUAUUUUUUGUUAAAUAAAAGCACAAUUACUUUUAAAUAAUCUCUACAUUUUCUUCAGGCAUCAAGUUUGUGCACGUCCAGCGUCUAUGUCCUUAAGUAGGGGAGUAAAGAAAGCUGAGAAAGAUCAGGGUGCUAAAUUUAUUCAGAAAGCACACUCCCUUUUGUCAGUGUUUGGGUGUAAGUAUUCUGGUGGGCUUAUUCCAGCGGAAUGCUUGUGACGACUUUUAGAGGGUAUUCCUUUUUUCCAUUCCCACAAGCACAUCCGCCAUGCCAUUUCUAAGUGUAACUGACUGACUCUUGCUUUCAGCUAGGUGGGAAUCACUAACAAAAGAGGCAAAAUGCAAAGUUGGGAUUAGCUACCAAAUGGUGAUUCUGCACCUGUGUGUAAAUAAAGGGCUCUUUAAAAAAAAUAAAUGAAGCCUCUGUGUAGUUCUCUGUACCAUAUUCUUUGAUAAAAGACAAUAAAAAUCUUUUGUUGUAA